AUGUAUACAGGCAGAACUGAUGAUCCAGUCUUGAGUUCAUGUCCUCCGAAACGAUCACGUUUAACGUCAUUGAAUACACCUUAUAGUACUUGUGUCACAAUGAAUUGUCCAAUGUCAGUCGCUGAGCAGUCAAGUGAAAUUAAGAUCGGAAGAUUGUUUGGUGAUUCCCGACAAAAUAAUGAAUGUGUUGAAAGAACGUAUAAUUCAACAGAGUUUUUAGAAAAAUAUUUCAUGUCAGGUUCGCUAUUAUCUCCCGUAGAGCUUCUUGUAUAUUCGCUAAUGAAAAUUCAAUUUAAAACAUCGACAUUCACCAAGCAUCAUUCCAUAUCGCAGUAUCAAGGUAUUACUGAUGUCGUCUCAAGAAUAUGCGGUGUUCAGUUUGAACCGAAUGCCCUUCGACGAUUAUUUCCAAGAAUUUCACACAAUCAAUUGAAGUCAACAGUAGGUAAAGAAAAUGGGAAGGUGAGGUGGAGCUAUUUCAGCAAACAAGUGGAUGAAUUAAUCCGCAUUUCUGGUGAAGAAAUAGAAAGAAUAAUCCAUACAGAUGGAGCAUUGCAAGAAGAUCAAAUCGUCCAGAUAAAUGAUCAGUUAAAACGAAUUUGUUGUACGUCGAAAGAAAGUUCAGAGAAGUUAACUCCCGAAAACUUUUUCUACCAAUUUAAUAAUAACAUCAAAACACGUUUGUCAGGUUCGUCGAAAUGGAUACCAUGGUACAAUGCACCAGAGAGAGAAAUCUGCUUGUUUAGUUUUGGUUCAUCGCCUGGCUACGCGGAAAAAGAGUUGCGACUGUCGAGGACGUUCGAAUGGAAACUUUUUUUAAAAGCGAUCGAAAGAGACUUAUCUAACUGCGACAAAAUACGCGACUUUCCAAGAAGUAUAGGAACAGUGGAACUUUUAGUGGAGUUGCUCAACAUUCUAGAUAAUUGCAAGAUAUGUGAUGGAUGUGGGGAAGCAGAGAAGUAUAAUGCGUUACGUGAGGAUUCUGGUGAAAACUUGUUUAGACGAAAAGAUGGGAAAAACGCUGUUUUGAUAGAAAACGAUAAGGCGAGAUCGACAAGUUGUCAUCUCUUGGUACCGCAGAGCGUAACGAAUUGCCCGAUGUGUGUAAAGUGUCGUCAUUAUUUUAGAACUUUAAUGUCGAGGAGAAAAUCAGAAAAAAACGCAAAGCAACCAGAAAAAGCAAGAUUGGACUAUAAAUCCAAACCUGAAUUGUUAGAUAUAGCUAGACAAUCAGCUACAGUUAUUAAACAACUUACAACGAAGAAUAAGAGAUUGGAAUUGGCAGUUGAGAAUAUGGUUGAAUUAGGACCCAAUUCUAACGACGAUUUGCAGGGAAUUUUCAACAACUUAUACAUCGGCUUACAGAACAACAGAGACAAACAUAAGAACCCUAUUUGCCUUUGGGAAGCCUGCUUACAAACGGACAAAUUUGAAGAAGUAGAGGACUUGUACCGGCAUUGCAAGUCUCAUAUAGAACACAUGGAUACUGCUGAGAUCGCUCCAGUGGAUAGGCAAUACCUUUGCAAGUGGAGAGGAUGUUCAAAAUCGUACAGAAAACGUAGGCUUUUGGAAAACCAUUUACGUGAUCACACAGGUAGCAUGAAUGAUAGUUUUUUGGAGACAUUGCUGUCCGAUCAAGCAAAAGCAGUAACAACCGAAUCUCGGCAAAUGAGAUGGCAUCCUGCCGUAAUAAGAUGGUGUCUACGAAUUUACCUUAAAUCCCAUUCCUUGUACGAAGAUAUGCGCAACUCAGGUGGUUUGAAGUUACCAAGUGGAAGGACAUUGUCCGAUUACAACAACUUCUGUGCACCAGAAACUGGUUGGAAGAAAGAUAACCUCCAAGUAAUGAAAGAUCGAUUUGAAAAGAAGAGACCUCCGAAGCGAGCAAAUCUGGGGGGGUUAUUUUUUGACGAGAUGAAAAUUAAGGAAGGAUUGGUGUUUGACACGAAGAAUUGGGAAUUGGUGGGUUUCACAGAUAUAUCUGUAGAUGUUGCUGGUACGGAAACAAGAAAGAUCAACGCGUUGGACAAGCUGGCGACGCAUGUGUUACAGUUCUUUUUUCGCAGUACUUUCUUUAAUUUUGACUACCCAUGUGCAUUUUUUCUCACCAAGAACACAACUGCGUUUGAAAUUAAUCGUUUAUUUUGGCUGGGAGUUAGUAUGUUACACACGUAUGGUUUCGAAGUUAUUCUCAGCUGUUGCGAUGGUGCCUCGUCAAACCGGUCAUUUGUUGAAAUUAAUACUGGAGACAGCCAAAAAUGUACUUGUUUCAAUCCGUUUUCUGGCAAACCAAUUUUCUUCUUCUCUGACCCUCCGCACUUAAUAAAGAAACUACGAAAUAACCUCUAUAGCAGUGGGCAUAAAGACGAACACCCUCGAUACACAAGGUCUCUCCUAUUCAAUGACAAUUACAUCCUAUGGAACCAUGUUUAUGCAGUAUACCAGAGAGAAAGCAGAAGACAUCUAUACGUCACCGACCUCAGGAAAGCACAUGUUACGAUCGACAGUAUUAGCAAAAUGCGUGUUAAACUGGCUGUCCACACCCUGUCGGAGAAAGUAGCUGCGGAGAUGGAAGAAUGUGACGGAGAAGCAACAGUGGAAACGAGAAAAUACAUCAAGGCUUGUGCGAAAUUUUGGAACAUUUUCAACGACCCAGCGCCAAUGAAAACAUCAAGCGAUAGAAGAAUGACGGAGCUCAAGAACGUCCUGGAUUAUUUCACCACAUGGCAGGAAUGGUUGGCACAGAAGUACGAGACGAAAAAAGAGCAAUCAGAACACUUCAUUUCAUGGCAGUCGAUGUCCGAUCUGAAAGUAAGAGUUCACAGUCAUAAUUUUGUUACUAUUCACUAACAAAGUAAUUUACCUGCAGCCUUUGUUUCAUACUUUGCAGUCGUUUUUACAUAUUUUACCUGUUCUCUUUAGCCAAUGCGUCUUGUCAUUAUCAUAACAUAUCUGUUAUUCAAAUUAUAUAGUGUACCGUCACUGCGUUGAAAGAGUUACUGGACUUUAUCUGCUCAUGGGAAUUUAAAGAGAAAUAUGGGGAUGAUUUGUAUAUCAACGUCAAAAGAAUAAGCCAAGACCAUGUCGAAAGCUAUUUUUCAGCACAGAGGCAAAUGUGUGGGGGUACUCAAAACAUGACCGGAUAUAGCUAUGGAUAUAAUGUCAACUGCUUGUCCAAUAUAAGUUCAUCGAAGAUAUUAAUGAAAAAGCAAACAAACGUCUACAACAUAGCAGAGGCACUUCCCGUUCUAAACAACAGCGAACAACUACCUAAACGUCGUAGCAAAGACAAUGAGGGUAUUUGGGAUUCAAUUCCAUGGUUUAUUGAAGUCGAAUAAACUGCUUACGAUUAGUUGCACGUGUAUAUUCUAUAAUGUCGGUAAAUUUAUUGAGUUUUUUUAUUUCCGAAAACGGAGUUAAAUAAACGAUGUUUCAGUCUAACUCGAAGUAAUUCAACUUCAAAGUUCGAGUUGAUUGAUUUAUUAAGUUUUAAAAGUAAGGGGGAGAUUACAUGGACGUGCUAGCCCGGUUAGCCUGGCUGGGGGCUAUCCCGCUUACUAUAUAAAUUGUAUAUAUUUUCAACUUUACGAUUACCGCAUCCCGACUAUCGCAACCGGGCUAGCCUGGCUAUCACUCGCCAUGUAUCACUCGCCUGUUUUUUACAUAUAUAGGUAAGGAUGUACCGGACUCUGCUUUAUUUGAAGAGUGAUAACGGAUCCGAUACAUUCCUACACCUGUGGGAGGAAACCGGAGUACCCAGAGGAAAACUACGGCUUUGACUUUCGCUGGAGAGUUGACGAAUCCGUCGAGUAUUUGCAAUCAUACUCCAUACUAGAGAACUAUAAUGGCUUUUCUAAUAAAAAUAAAUUAUAAAAAUUCAUAUAAAUAUCAAUAAAAAAUCAUGACAUUGUUCGGCAUAUUUAAUAUUAAAAUCAUUUAUUCAUUCACAAUGACCAUUAGGGGGUGUUACCAGGGCAGUAAAACAGUAAUUACUGCACCCUGGUGUUAAAUAUAGUGUUCCACACAGUAAAAACAAAAUAAUUACAACAAUAGUGAAACCUACCUACUAUUCAGUUUCACACUACUAUAAACUAACUAUUUACAAAGAUAUUAAUUGUGAAGAUUUUUAACAGAGGAAAUGACAGUUAUUCACACCAAGCACACGGUUAUUAAAUAACAGUGACUUAAAGGAAUUCGCACUCGUGUUAACGACAUUUUUAGUUAAUUAAAUAGCUAAUAUUAAUAGAGGGUUUGGUACCUACAUGAACCGCCGUGUGCCUAUAUGGAAAAAUGUUUUUUAAAUGUUGUAACUAUUUGGUUUUGCCGAAGAAAGUUGACUUAAGUUAAAUUGGUACAGACAAAUGAGUUUCCUAUUCGAUAUUUGUUUCAUAUCUGUACGAUAAAAUCGGAAAUCAAAACACUCAAAAAAACUCAUCUAAUUUAAUUUAUUCCAUAUUAUAUAAGAUCAGCAUGAUAUAACUCUAACUUAGAAAGUAAAAUAUCAUGAUUAACCGUGUUACAUGAUGCCUUUCUAGAUUUUGAAACAAAGCCAUGUACCCCGUUAAUUAGACAAUCAACAAUAUUGUAAAGACAUUCGUUAUAAACUUUGUAUGCAUGUUGUCUUACUGUAAC